AUGAAUAUUUCAAACACAGGUUCUGUGGCUACCAGCCCUGCGUUUGACCCUUGUCACAGGUACUCUGUGCUAGAUGACGCAUGGAGGGCUGCCAACAACACAAUCCAUGACAACUACAACAUCUUAAAGUGUGACACUAACGUCUACUGGCAAGGCUGGUACCGGAUGUUUUACCAGGGAACAGAUGCCCAUAUGCCAGAGUACUGCGUGAGAAUGAACCGCUGUGGAUCCCAUGCUCCUUUGUGGCUGAACGGAACACACCCGCGAGUGGGGGAGGGUAUCGUGACGCGUCAGGUCUGUGGGCACUGGAAGUGGGGAUCGUCCAAUGCAGAGGACUGCUGCAACUUUGCAAACCCACCUGUUAGAAUCAAAGCGUGCCCUGGAAACUACUAUGUGUAUGAGUUUGAGAGACCAUUUUACUGCUAUCUGGCCUACUGUACAGAUGUGGGUGAUAUUGCUUUUAACAUGAAAGCCCCAGAACCAACUGAUGGACCAACACCACAACCCAACAUUGGAACGACAGCAAGGCUCCCUUCAAGUGUAUUUUACCCCUUCGGACCAGGGGAUUCAUAUUCCAGUCGUGUCGAUGAUGGCUCGACAUCCAUUAACACAGCGCAAUCAUUUCGCUAUUUCAGGCAGGCAUUAACCCGGAUAUAUUACCUCAUUUGA